CCGUGCAGGCGUUCACUGAUAUUGGUCUAUGAUCAAGUGACGUUUCCACAAAAUCCUGAGAUGAAGUUUACCCAAGUUUGAUGCUGCAAAUAUUAAGUGAAAUACAACUGACUGCAUCAAACAGAAUUCAAGAUUCACUGAACCAUUUCCGGUAAAGAAGUCACACCUCGUUACAGUUACAUUCUCUGACUGUUGCAUAUUUCUGUUUGAAAAAAAAGAAGCCAUGGAUAAGGACAGUAUAUCGGGAUCAGGAAUGUAUGGAUGGCAUAGGCUUAUGAAGACUGCAUUUGGUUGGUCACCCACAGUUGACUUUUUACCUGCCAUUCCAGCGGCCAUUGCCCUGUACUUAUCGCUGUACUUCUUUGGCCUGGUGUUGUAUCAUUGUACCGAACUUAUUGUACCCAAAUCCAUUCGCGGUUAUGUUCACGAUUUCAUUAAGACCUUGAUUAUCGUGGCAUACCCGUUUGGUCACGGAAUCCUGAGAAAAUACCACGGAGAGGUGGGGUAUAUGUGCGGAAUGGUACCAGUUUUAUUUAUAACAACCUCAACUCUGAAAGAAGGGGACGGAAAUCCGAUAGCAGUUUGGCUGCAGUAUUUUAGAAGAACGAUACCCCUGUGGAAAUGCCUGCUGAAGAACUUCAUACAGAUCGUGGCAGGGAUUUCUGCCUAUCACCUUGGAAUGUACAUACUGGGCCUUGAGCUGCACCCAGCCUACGUGGAGCGACUGAAGAGCUAUUACAACCAGUUCUGUGACACUGAUCUACACGUGACCGAGUAUGCAGGGUUCCUGAUCGAGUGCGUGGCAGUUGUGUAUGACAGCUGGUUCUGGGCGCAGACUUUCACAAGGAGUCCAGCGCUCGAUCGAUUACUGAAGAUCAUCAAUGGAGGCCUCCUGGUUGUCGCAGGUGUUCACUUGACUGGUAUGUACCUGCACCCUGCCAUGGCCUCUGGACACACAUGGGGAUGUGGUGAUACCUCCAAACUCACCCACGUGGCCAUCUAUUGGGUAGGCCCCAUGAUUGGUACAUGGAUCAGCAUCCAGAUUCAGAAAAAGAUAUCCAUUGGAAAACCUGUCACUGAAACUCCAAGAUCAAGGACACAAAAUGAGGGCAAAAGGUCAAAAAAUGAGACAAAAAAGUCCCAGAAUGGGAAUACUCAAGGUCAAGGACAGAAACAGGCCAAUGGAACGCCAAGACGCAGACAAUACUAUUAAUAAAGGUGUCAGAUAUUUACAGUUAUUUUAAUAAUAAUGUUUUGAGUAUUUGUUUCAUCUACAAGAUUUCAUUUUUGACAUAUUAUAAUGCAGGUUCAAUAGUAUUUUCCAAAUUUAAAGAGUCAACAUUGUGUUAACAGCUGAUUGAGACCUUCUUUUUUUAUUAAUAUUUAUUAAUAUUUUAAGUCUGAAAACACUUGAAUGAGGCCAGGGCAUUUUCUAACUUUCAUGCUCAUGUUUGAAAAAAUAUGGCUAUAUUAUAAUAACGCUUGAGUGGGCAGAUUAUUGGAAGAUAAUCUUCAUACGCAAUUCAUAUAAUUUUUUAUUUGUAAAUAGCUCUGCUUUUUCAAUAGCUUAUGUCACAGGUCACAGAUUGAGGUAAAUAAAUUGAUUGUCCAGAGCAUAAUAAUGUCCAGCGUUAAUAAGUAAGUGGCAAGAGUUAUACUCAUGAUGUCACAAGGUGCCAGAGGCAUGUUCCAAGUAACAAUUCAAGGUCAAUUAUAAGACAUCAUUUGUGAAUGGCAAAAGCUUCCCUCAAAAAACACUUCAAAGGUGUAACUUUGCGACAAUUAUACCCUUGUAAAUAAAAACAUUUAAUGGUAAAAUUAUUUUUUCUAACUAAAAUAAAUUUGACUUGUAUUAUAAAUUUUACCAAAUGUGAUGAGUUAACUUGUGAUAAUUUUUAUCCACCACAAUAAAUGUUUUUAAUGUAAAAUAUUAUGGAAAAGUAUAUAUGAGUUUUUUUUUAUCAAAAACACCUUCAUUUAAUUUUUCUAAAUGUUUUAACAAUAUUAGCUCACCUUUUACCAUUUAUGUUGUAAUGUGUUAUGUAACAGACUUGCAACCAUGGUUAGUUUAAUGAUAACUGAAUUAAAUCGCUAUGUUUGCAGUUAAAUUGAAUAGCCAGCUGUCAAUCAAAUAUUGUAUCAACCAAGACCAAGAAGAUACGGUUUAUCUCUGCCAUGUGGUCAGAAAAAAGAUUGUUGUAGUAACAGAAUAAGUGUUCCAUUAUAAGAAAAAUAAGUGGGCAGAGCAAUCACUUAUUUGGUGCCUGGCGAAUUGAUAAUCUUUUAAGCAUUUUUUUUUCAUGAAAUAUUUUUUAACACACUAUAAUGUGAAGUUGGAAUAAGAUAUCAAUCUUAGAAUAAACGGUGUUAUAAUUGUACAUAUUUAUUCCAUCAUUCAUCAUGAAUUUUAUCAGCUACCACAAAUUUUAAUCAAAACAUUAUUAUUCAUUUUGUUAUCACAGAAAACAAAAAAUAUGUUUUCAUUUCAGCAUGAUUAUAGAUUGUGGUUUGUGUGUUUCUUAUUAAGAUACAGCAUGAACUAUUAUAUUUACACACUGUCCUUUGGUAUUAAUAUUUUAUAGUUCAGAUUAGUUUUUAUUCUAAAGUGAAGUUUUAUCACUGGAAACCAGUAUGUACUUUGUGGUUCAAAUACCUACUAUAUGCGUACUUAUGCAUAAGACUUAUUACAAAAAUAACAUACACAAGGGACGCGUAUGUGUAUUGAAUUGCUUCAAUCUUUAUUUCCUAAGGGUCCAAUAUUUAUUGUUGUUACGCUCCCCCAAAAUUUAUUUUGGGGGGAGCAUAUAGUUGCCGCUUCGUCUGUCUGUGUGUGCGUCUGUCUGUCCGUCCGUCUGUGCACAAUUUUUGUCCGGGCUAUUUAUGAGCAACUAAUGACCGGAAUUCAAUGAAACUUUAUGGGAAACUUCACUACCAAGAGGAGAUGUGCAUAUUAUCAGCGGGUUCUGGUCGGAUGAUUUUUCACAGAGUAAUGGCCCUUUGAAAUUUUCUAUAAAAAAAAUCUUGUCCCCCCCCAACUACUGCGCCCUCAAGACGUUUCCUUUUAUCUGAAUAUAGAGUGCAAUAUUGUGACAAAAAAAACCUUUGGGGAGCAUCACCUGUCUCUGACGGUUCUUGUUUAAUCUUUUUCUGUUGUUUUUUUGUUUUCUUGCAGAGGAUUGUGUUUGUAAAAUGUACCCCAUGUUCCGGUGAAGUGGGAUCAUGAACUUAACUUAAACUUUUGGAGGUUUUGCAAUAUGUACAUUUAUUGAUCUAAAUGUUAAAUAAAAGUAUUAGUUUAUAUAUAUUUUACCUGCAUUUAUAACUAAGUGAAUUGUAAUGUUGACAUAAUGUGUUUUUUAUGUUGAUUAUAUUGAAACUUAGUGUUCUGUGCUUUUAUUUCAGCUGUAUGCUAUUUAUUUUUAAAUCAAAACCAUUUACAAUACCUUGAUACAAAGGUUUUUGCUAAAUGUGUUAACACAACUUUAAUACAUGUGUGUAUAUAACUCUUAUAUAUAAACAUACAUUAUAUACAUUUGUGUGUAUUUAUAGAAGUUAAAUGUAAAAUAUUGUUAAUUAUUGUAAAACAUCUUACUUGCUCACAAUUCAUUUUUUGUCUUACAAUUUGGAACCACUCCUAAAAGGCCUUAUCAGAAUUUCCAUGUAACAGUAUGAUGAAACACAACAUGAAGCACAAGUCUGUUGAAUUAUUUUUGCAGUGUUACAAGGGAAAGAUUAUUAUUGUCUAUACAAACUUUGGAAAUAUCAUGUUAAAUAAUAAAUGAUUUUUUUCUUAUGACAACCAGUUACUAUGCUUAAUUCAAUCAUGAUUAAUUGCUGUACCAUGUAUCAACAUACUUUGCAACAGGCCUUUCCAAAGGUAGAUGAUGACUGGACCAGUAAGUUCAGUUGGUUGAUUGACAAUGACUUGUGUGGUGAUUGGUCUUGAAAUCAUUGGAGCAUGGACCAGUUAGCUCAGUUGGUUGAUUGACAAUGACUUGUGUGGUGAUAGGUCUUGAAAUCAUUGUAGCAUGGACCAGUAAACUCAGUUGGUUGAUUGAGAAUGACUUGUGUGGUGAUAGGUCUUGAAAUCAUUGGAGCAUGGACUGGUUAGCUCAGUUGGUUGAUUGACAAUGACUUGUGUGGUGAUAUGUCUUGAAAUCAUUGGAGCAUGGACCAGUUAGGUCAGUUGGUUGUAUGACAAUGACUUGUGUGGUGAUUGGUCUUGAAAUCAUUGGAGCAUGGACCAGUUAGCUCAGUUGGUUGAUUGACAAUGACUUGUGUGGUGAUAGGUCUUGAAAUCAUUGGAGCAUGGACCAGUUAGCUCAGUUGGUUGAUUGACAAUGAGUUGUGUGGUGAUAGGUCUUGAAAUCAUUGGAGCAUGGACCAGUUAGCUCAGUUGGUUGUAUGACAAUGACUUGUGUGGUGAUUGGUCUUGAAAUCAUUGGAGCAUGGACCAGUUAGCUCAGUUGGUUGAUUGACAAUGACUUGUGGGGUGAUUGGUCUUGAAAUCAUUGGAGCAUGGACCAGUUAGCUCAUUUGGUUGUAUGACAAUGACUUGUGUGGUGAUUGGUCUUGAAAUCAUUGGAGCAUGGACCAGUUAGCUCAGUUGGUUGAUUGACAAUGACUUGUGGGGUGAUUGGUCUUGAAAUCAUUGGAGCAUGGACCAGUUAGCUCAUUUGGUUGUAUGACAAUGACUUGUGUGGUGAUUGGUCUUGAAAUCAUUGGAGCAUGGACCAGUUAGCUCAGUUGGUUGAUUGACAAUGAGUUGUGUGGUGAUUGGUCUUGAAAUCAUUGGAGCAUGGACCAGUUAGCUCAGUUGGUUGUAUGACAAUGACUUGUGAGGUGAUUGGUCUUGAAAUCAUUGGAUCAGUGCUCUGUGAAAAAGGGGUUUAAAGCUUGUGCGUAAAGUGUUGUCCCAGAUUAGCCAGUGCAGUCCACACAGGCUGAUCAGUCAGGGACGACACUUUCCGUCUAAACUGGAUUUUUGCAUAGAAGAGACUUUCUUUAAACGUAAAAUAUCAUAAAAGCGGAAAGUGUCUUCCAUGAUUAGCCUGUGCUAACUGCACAAGCUAAUAUGGGGCGACAUUUUAAGCACAAGCAUUAAACCCACUUUUUACAGAGCAAAGCUUAUAGUACCUCUGAUUCAGUAAUCAGUGUGUUGGCCUAAGUAUGUGCAUACAACUCAAUCACUUCCCUUGCAUAAUCAUGUGUAAUGGCCUAUGGCCUAUGUGCACUUCUAAUGACAUUUGUUGAUUGCAUGUCUAUAUCUCAAGGAAAAAAAUGCCAGACUUUGUGGGUGGGAUGGGGUUUGAGAUGAUUUGUGUAUACAUAUUCACUAAAAUUAGAGUUUUUGUUCCGAGGAUCAUUACUUAUUUUUAUGAAAGGUCAUUCUAGUCAUAUAUAAAACAGAUAUAUGUGUAUACAAAUGUUUUCAAAUGAAAUAUGCUAUUUGAAUUAUAUUUAUUUUCAUGUCUUUUCUUGCUUUUAUACUUUUUAGAAAUAAUCUGUUAAAUAUAAAUGUUAAGUCUAAAUUGAAGUUAAGAAUCUAUUACAAAUGGAGUUCUUUUCGAUCCUAGAAUAUCCAAUUUAUUAAGAAAAAAAUGUCAGCAAUUAAUGUCAUUCUUGCAACAGGCACUUAUGAUAAUAGAUCAUUUGCAAUAAAGCAAAUUUAUAUUUGUUGUUCUUGUUGUAAUUGACACUGUUGUUAACGAUUUAUUGGUUCUGGGAUGGUAAUGGUAUUGAUCCUGCUAAUGUAGUUGGUUCUUCUGCCGCUCUGAUGAUUUUGUUGGGUGUACUGUUCUGUACAUUUUGACAUUUUGAUUAAUAAAACAAUAAAUAGCUCAUAUCCAAAAUUCUUUGCUUUUGAUAUCUUUAAUAAUUUUUGUUAAGUAUAGUUUUGCUUUAAUUGUUGCUUAUGUUAUCACACACAAUUUUCACAGUAGGAUACUUUUACAAAAAUUCAUCUAUUCUAUAUUUAUUUGUAUAAUUCACGCGUUCCCUUUGGUGAGGAUUGCUGGUGAUUUUCAUGAGAAAUAUCAGAAUAUUGUGCACAGCCUUUUAAUAUAAUCAAUAACUUUAAUCAGAAACUUGCAUAAGCAAAAAUAAGUUAUCAUUAAUUGAUUUGCAUACUAAGAAUGUUUAAAUUUUGUUAUUGUUAGACUUGAGCCAUGGGAACAGUAAAUUAAGUUAAAUUAUUGAUGAAUUUAAACUAUAAAAUAUUCUCGAAUUUUUGCUUAAAAUAAUUUUAUAUUUUAAUAUCAGUGUAUAAAUUUCAAUUAAGAAUAACUUGUUGUUUGUAGACUUGUAUUUCCAGUACCUUUUGCAUGUUUGUAUGGCUUACGACUAAUAAUUAUUUUGUUCUUUCACCUGACUUUGACAGGUUUUUUAAACACUUGUUAUUUUUUCAUGAUGCUCAAAUACCUUGACCGAACAUGGGUAUGCUCAAAUACCUUGACCGAACAUGGGUAUGCUCAAAUACCUUGACCGAACAUGGGUAUACUCAUUUUGCUGUCAUCUUAAAUGGAUUGAUAGCUAUCCGAAUAUUUUAUCUAUUGACCUUUGAUUGAGAUGUAUCUGUUAUUGAAUGUGGGCAUUGCUAAUUAUACAUUACAGUAUAAUUAUUACUUCAAAUAGUGCACUUUCAUUUGUUAAGUUUUUUUAUUUUUAAUUCUUUGUUGUAAUAGCUCAAGGUGUUUUCAUUGAUUUAAUAUUUUUCCUUGUUCAAAGAAAUUAGAUAUAAGUUUAACAAACUUUAACUUUUUAAAUAAAAAUUCAAGUUAAUUUCAAAUAUGAAAUAAUAAUGAAAUUGAUCCAACAUUUUAAUUCUUAUACUUGAUAUUCACACAAAUUGCUCAAUUGACUUGCCUUAUUAUUGUAUAGUCCAGUAUGAAUCUUAAAUAAACACAAAUCAAUAUCUUUUGCAAAUGAAUAUGUCUCUUCAGAAUAUAUGUGUUGAUGUAUGGAAUACAUUUAAGCCAUUCUCUAACAAAACCUUUAUUCAUAAUUAUGCUUAAAGUGUUGUUCUAGUCAUGGCUAAGCAGUUUGCACAGGCUUUUCAAAACUUUCUGACUUAAUGUUAAUGAAGUCUCUCUAAACGAAAAUUGAGUCUAGGCUGAAAGUGUAGUUCCAGGUAAGCCUGUGUAGACUUCACCUGCUAAUCUGAGUUGCUACUUUACACAAAUUCAUUAAGUUAGGUUUUUCCAUAUAGGGGUUCAUUCAGUAAACCUGAUCUUAUUAAAUGCAUGUAUUAUGAGUUGAUAUACUUAACGUUAAGCUUGUUUUGUGCACAGCUAUGGUAUAUCCACACAUAGGAUAGAAAUGACCACAUGUACAAUGUUUAUAGACAUUAUAGAUUUUUUAGUAUUCAGUGUUGUCAAAAUGGUCUUUUGUUUCAGAUGUAUGUUAAUUCUAGUUAUUUGAGUUUCAUGUCAUUCACACUGUACAGAUUUGAACCAUUUUUAAAACAUAUCAGUCUGUUGCAGUUGUUAAUGUUACAUCAAGUUUAAAUUAUCAACAGAGAUCUCUAUUAAACGAACGCUGUUGCACGGCGUACAAGGUA